UUGAGUCUCCUAUAAAUAAGGGCUUUUUUCCAUUUUUGCAUCUUUCUCCUGAAUCCUUUGCUACUGGCCGUCUGUAUUUCACUGAGCACCGAACAAACAAUGGGGCACUCCAAUGUGUGGAAUUCUCACCCAAAGAACUACGGUCCCGGUUCACGCACCUGUCGCGUCUGCGGGAACCCUCAUGGAAUAAUCCGGAAAUACGGGCUCAUGUGUUGCAGACAGUGUUUCCGUAGCAACGCCAAGGAAAUUGGCUUCAUUAAGUACCGCUAAAAUGGAUUCUCACACAAUCUUAUAUUGGUCGAAGAAUGAUCAGAUUAGUUUUUUGUUAUUCAACUCAAUUCAUUCUCUUUUAGAUGAAGUUGUGUAUUAUUGAACUUGAAUUUUCUGUUUGAUUCAAUGGAACUUCCUUUUUGAAGAUAA